UAUAAAUGAUGUUAGUUUUCUUGUUCUUUAGUUCAGAAUUUGUGAAUAGAGAUUGACCAAAAUGAAAGCGGCUUGUAUUAUUACACUAUUACUACCUGUUGUAUUAAGUUACAAAGCUAACUUAAAUCCUCUUUCAAAUGAGUUUAUAAACUAUAUCAAUAGCAAGCAAAACACAUGGGUUGCUGGAAAGAACUUUGAUGAGAAACUUUCAAUCCAAGAAAUAAAAAAUUUAUUAGGAGCGAGAAAAAGGAGUUUAGGAGAUGUAAAAGGAUUUAUGCACAGUGAAGAUAUUCAAGUUCCAGAUUCUUUCGAUGCAAGGGAAAACUGGAAAGACUGUUCAGAUGUUAUCAGCACUAUUGUAGACCAAUCUGCUUGUGGAUCUUGCUGGGCAAUGUCUGCAGCAUCUGCAAUGAGUGACAGACGAUGCAUAGUCACCCAGGGAAAGCUUAAAGUGCCUGUUUCUGCUGAAAAUUUAUUGUCUUGUUGCGAUGACUGUGGAUUUGGAUGCGCCGGAGGAUAUAUAGAUGAUGCAUGGUCGUUUUGGCAAGAGAAUGGAAUUACUACAGGAGGUCUUUACGGCAGCAACCAGGGUUGUCAAUCAUAUUCGCUUCAACCUUGUGAACAUCAUACAAAUGGUACUAAAGUGCAAUGCAGUACUUUGAACUACGGCACACCUUCUUGCAGAAGCGAUCAAUGUGACGAUACCGCACUAAAUUAUAAGUCCGAGUUAACUUAUGCCUCAGGUCCAGUGAAUUACUAUACUACAGUUCCCAAUAUGCAAAAGGAAAUAUUGACAAAUGGUCCGAUACAAACUCGUUUUGAUGUGUACAGCGAUUUCUUCAGUUACAAAAGUGGUGUUUAUCAACAUGUCGCUGGAGAUUAUGUAGGAGGACAUGCCGUCAGAGUUUUAGGUUGGGGAGUAGAGAAUGGAGUCGCUUAUUGGUUGGCUGCUAAUUCAUGGAAUGAAGAUUGGGGAGACAAGGGAUUGUUUAAAAUAAUUCGCGGAACAAAUGAAUGCAGUUUCGAGAAUGGUAUGGUUGCGUCAACUCCAAAAGUCUAAUUCUAAACAAAAUAUUGGAAAUAGGCUUAAUUCUGUUUUAUUUUAAAUAAAACACUUGAUCUCUAAA